AUGGACUCCAGCCAGUACGGGCAUUCUUCAUCUCAGAACAAGAUUCCUCCUCUCGAAGACGUUCAGACCCUUGGUACCUUUCAUUACCAGGAUCAAAAUCGCACACCAGCCAAGAUCGGUGUCAAUGGCAUCAUUGACAAGGGCUUUUUCCAGGCUGAUGGCGAGUGGACUUGUUAUCGAAGGAACUACUUCUCAUGUGUCUGUUCGUUUACUAUAACCCCUUAUUUUCCCGGCGUCCCCGUCAGCUUCACUCCAUCAGGCUCAAACAGCCAGCCAUCAGUCAUCCAUGGCUUUGCCAUGUGCAUCUCCGCCGUUGUCUCCGAAAACGACCAGCACUCCAUCGAGCUCGUUCAGCAUACCCCUAAACGAGACAAGGGUCCUACGAAGAACCCCCCUAAGAUUCCACUGAUGGCAAAACAGGAUACGGGAGCAGGCCACAAUCACAUUGGACUAUUCGGUGCUAAUAACAAUGUGGGCCAUGGAGGAAAUUCAUGUUCUUACCCCGACGGCUGGGUCAUCUCUGAUACCAAUGUCAAUACACCGCAAACGGAGUAUACCUUUGAGCGGAUCCAGUUCAAGCAGGCCACCCAGAAUAAUGGUAAACGAAGAGCUGCUCAGCAGUAUUAUCACCUCAUUAUCGAACUCUGGGCGAAUACAGCCCCCCCGGGAACCAACAAGGAACAUUGGCUCAAAAUUGCCUACCGCAAGUCUGCUAAGAUGAUUGUCAGGGGGCGCUCUCCUGGACACUACCAGAACGACCGCCGGGGCAGCUCCAGCAACGGGCCAUCUGGCAGCGGAGCCGGCAUGGGCAAUAACUAUCCUCACAUAGGCGGCUCAGGAGAGUACGGCAGUGCCAGCUCAAUGCUUAGCAACUACACAGGCUACAGCAACGCCACAGGAACGGUGUAUGGAAGCCAUCGUCAUCACCACGGUCUGCCGGCCGAGACAAUGAUGGCUCCCGAGGAGGAAAAGGCCGUCGAGAGUACAAAGGCUUACCAGUACUACCCUGGUGCCCUCUACGAAAGCCAUGGUGAUCAGAUGUUUAAUCAUCAUAGCGGAACCGAUGCCAUGGCGACCCAUGUGACAACUGAUAUGUCGAGCAAGGUCAAACAUGAAUAUGACAGCUCCAGUAGCGCGCUGCCCCGCCUUACUCAUCCGACAACCGACCAUAG